AUGAUCGUUACUCCCGUAUCUGAAGUAGAGGGAGAAUUCUUCAAGACUUGGCUGCCCUCCAUGAAAUCUACCAGCAGCAACAGCUGCAACAGCAAAAACCACAUUGAUACCAGAGACAUAAAUCUGUUUUAUCCGUCUCCUGUCGAGGACUCGGAGGCUUUCAUUCCAAACAAUCAACCAUACUCGUUCCUUCUCGUUGAUGAUAAUGAAAUUAAUCUCCGGAUAUUUCGGAGAAUGCUCUUGAAGCUUUUUCCGAACGCAUCAGUGCGCACAGUACAAGAGUCGGCACUGGUGGAAAUAAGCCAUCGUACGCUACUGCAUUAUCACCUUAUCUUCUUGGACAUCGAAAUGCCCAUUGUGACUGGAACGGAGAUUGCACUGAAAGUACGGUCGUCGCGCGAGUUGGAUCAAGUGGGCUUGAUUGCCGUAACGACCAAGUAUCUCUGUGCAGAUUUAGAACUCUACGAAAAGUUGGGGUUUGAUUUUACUUUUCGCAAGCCUGUGGAGUACCCUACGAACUAUAUUCUCCAGAAAAUAGAGCAAGUGCUUCAAACAAGAUGCGGCGGUCGCGUCUAA